UGGAGCGUUGCAGCUUUACUCCAAGAUGGCGCCGAUCAGAAGAUUGUCGAGAAACAUGAAAUCCCAAAGUUCUAAACUUACGAAUAAGCCGGAGCCAAACGCAGACGAACCCUCUAAGAACGAUACUCAACUUGCAGACGAUUUUUCAGAUGUCUCCAGCGACGACAGUCUCACCACAGACUCCGAAAUGGAGGAUCUUGUCCAGCGAACGGUGGCAAGCAUGACGGCCAACGUCCACAGAGAAAACACGCGGACAGGGCAGCCAAAAGGAUCUAAAUCCGACACCAUGCCUGUUGUCGGAGAGACCACUGAUGGAAGUGAAGCAGACACUGCUGAUCUCACGUUUGUUUUGGAUGUGAACCCAAAUUCCAAGAGCGAUAUCAGAAUUGAAGUUGAUCAUGUUACUGAAUAUGCCGAAAAGCCUAGUCAUGCUAGUAAAUUAUCAAAUAGGCGGCCUAGGCCUACACCAAGUUAUGCAAUUGAAAUCGAAUCAGAUGGGAUCUCCUCAAAAUCACAAGUCACACAACAUGCCCAUUCUCAAGAUCAGGAAGAAGAAACAUUUAUAUCUCUAGAGCCUGAUACUUUUGUUAGUAACACACCAAAGGAUCAUGCAACUCAUCAGAAAGGAUUGUUAAAUCCUAGGGGUACAUAUCCAGGGAAAGCCAAACCAAGGUUUGAGUUGACCACAGAGCUUGACUCCGGACUUGACGUCAGUGACACAUAUCUCAACUUUGCAGGAGAAAAAUCGACACCAAGCAAAAUGUCCGCAGAGACGGUCCUUGCCAAAAGUAGCCAAGACAAGCUCCUGAAAAACAGCAUCCUCACCCCGGACUUUGAGAAACGGCACAGUGUACCACCCUACAGAGAAGCCACACGACUGCUAAAGAGACGCAGAAAGAAAGAGAGGGAGUCCAGCACUGGACAGGAGUGGUACAACAUGGCCGCUGUCGAGAUGACUGACCAGCUGCGCAAUGACAUCAAGGCUGUGCGGAUGCGCUCUGCACUGGACCCAAAACGAUUCUACAAGCACAACGACAUGACAGCGAUGCCGAAAUUUGUUCAGGUAGGGACGAUAGUGGAGAGCCCUGCUGAUUUCUACCACUCUCGGGUUCCCAAGAAGCAACGCAAGCAGACCAUUGUGGAAGAGCUGUUGGCUGACGCGGAGACAAGGAGGUACAACAAACGGAAGUACUUGGAGCUACAGGAGAAGACAAAGCGCUGGGGUCAGAGGUCAAACAGGCAGAGGCGAGGGAAAAAGAAGACUGGAAAGUGACCUGACGAUAUGUUUCAUUUUCGGAGGAACAAGCUUGAAUUCAUGUUUUAUGUCACUUUCCCAUGCUUUGUUUAGCCAAUAUCCGUAUGUGCCACUGGUUUACUAUUUCCAUUAGUGUUCCUAAAACCACUUUCUCACAAGAUCAUAGAGAGAAUAACAAAACAACUUGUAAAACUACGAUGUCAAAUUCAUUUGCCCUGAUUUGGUUUGGUGGAUAUUGUGAAAUCGCAAUAAAAUAUGAGCAUCACUUCUGAAACUAAAAGAA